UUAAAAGAUUUCCUGGACGACCUUGACGACUUUUGUUCAAAAGUAGCCAGUCAGAAUGUAGCUUACGUAUAAGAGCUCUUGAAUCCCCGGAAAUUGCUUCAAUUCUCUCUUUAUUUGUUUCAACCAAUGCUAGCAAGGUGUAUGGCUUUACACUCUUUAAAACCCAAUUUUCAACCCUCAAUCUUUAAGACCUUAUCUUAUUGUCCCAAAACUCCUACACCAUAGAUCCCAACUCUUAAACGCUUAUACAAUAGCACAUAGCCCUAUAGGACUAUAGAACGCCUUAUGCCUAGAUCCUAAUUCUAUCAUUUUAAGAACAAAUUUGAGGAUGGAUCAGUUGUUCUCCUAUGUUUCUGUAUGUUUCUUUUGUCCGUACAUAUGGAUUGUUGUUGCUGUUAGUACAUUGUAUAUCAUUAAGAGAAAAUACUUCGGUCAUUGUGAGUGUACUCUUGAAGAUCGUUUGGAUGGUAAAACAGUUAUUGUUACGGGAUGCAAUACUGGUAUUGGAUUAGAAACGGUGGAUGAGUUGGCUCGCCGUGGGGCCCGCGUUAUAAUGGCAUGCAGAGAUCUAAGGAAAUGCGAAUUGGCUCGACAGGAGCUUCUGACUAGAACUCGUAAUGAGAAGCCAUCAGUAUUGAGUGUUCAUCUGGAACCAGAUCAACUUAUUUGUGAAGAGUUGGAUCUGGAGUCGCCAAAAUCUAUUCGAGAGUUUGCGAAUCGUAUAAUUAGUAGAGAAAAAUCAAUUUCCAUCUUAAUUAAUAAUGCUGGGGCAGAUUUUCCAGAGAAGAUUUACGAUGAGCUUGGAAUUGAGAAACACUUGAAAGUGAAUCAUUUGGGUCAUUUUCUGCUUACUAAAUUAUUAAAGCCGUGUUUGCAUGCAUCUGAUGGGAAACCUUGUCGUGUAAUCAUUCUGUCAUCUUUGUCACAUUGGUUUGCUAAAUUACACCCGAAUAGCGGAUUCUUGUCAGGUGUAGGCUCUGGUUAUGCUAUUAGUAAGCUGUUAAAUGUGAUUCAUGCACGUGAGAUUUGUAAACGUUGGUCUGGAGAUGGGAUUAUUUCAGUCAGCGUUCAUCCAGGCUUGGUGAGAACAUCCAUUUUUCGUUCAUGCAAAGGGAAAUAUUUUCUAGUCUACUAUUUAUUUCGAUGGUUGACAAAAACAUCUCGUGAAGGUGCUCAGACAACAGUAUUUUGUGCUCUUGAUAACAAUCUCAUUCCUGGCGCAUUUUAUUAUGAGUGUCAGCCACGCAGAUGUAACUCCCAAGCAUUAAAUGAUGAAAUUUGCGAUCAUGUGUGGAAAACUUCGGAAGCACUUAUCGACGAAUGGGUAUCGUUUAGUCAGGAGUAGAAUUUGAAAAUAUACUUUAUUACUAAAUGCUGUGUUAAAUUAAUGACAUGUAAAUAUCACUGAGCUCAUAAACUGUCAUAGUCUUACUUAUGCGAAACAGUAAAACAUUUUCUGGAGUCUUUUUAUUCAUUUUGCUUAAAUGACUAAUAUUUCACAGUAAUUUAUAUAAGUCACUUUUUAUUGUA